UUUAAUCUUCCUCGCUUUCUCCUCCUCUUUUUCUUCAGUUGUAGGAGAAAUCCCAUCGUUUAUAGCGAAGAUUAUUUUAAAACAAAAAUAACCAUUAAUUUGGUCAGACCGUCAGCCUUCAAUUCGAUCACCGGUCCUUUUCAAAAAAUCAUCCGAAUCGGGAAAGGGAAGGUCCGCUUUAAUUUAUUCCAUCCUUUCGUUCCUUUCACGCCAUUUCAAAUUUCUCAAAAAAUAACUCCUUCAAUAAAACCCCCAUCGAUUCUCGAAAUUCCCUUUCGCAUGCUCUGUCUUCUUCGUCUCCGCUUAUUUCACAAGGCUGCACUCUCAUUUUCUUCCCCUUUUUAUCGCCGUUAUCGUCGCCCCUUUUCCUCAUCGAAAGAGAUGAGGGGAUUCAAGCCGCCGGAUUCGAAAUCGAACAAGCUUGGUUCUUCUUACGGGCGCGGAUCGGUAUCUGCUGGCAACUCAUCAAUAUAUGGCGAACGCUCUGUUUCCCCUAUUGUUGGUCCUAUUAGUAAAUCUGCACAAAACAUUGGACCUCAGAGGCAAAAAAUUUCUCCAGAUAGGUCAACUAGUAAAAAUAGUGCAGGAAGUUCUGGAGGUGAUCCUGAGCAAAAGGUGUUUGAUAUCUGCAGAAAACCAAGUGCUGUUGGUGUGAAAUUACAGAAAUCUCUACUUGAAAUAAAUAGAGAAAAAAGAAAGGAAGCUCAAUGCUCGAAGGGUGGUCCUCAGCAUGAAUAUGUUAGACCUGGAAUGGUUUUGCUAAAGAAGUAUAUAAGCCACGAUAAUCAGGUCAUGAUUGUUAAGAAAUGUCGAGAGCUUGGUAUUGGCUUAGGAGGAUUUUAUAGACCGGGUUAUGGAGAUGGUGCAAAGUUACGUCUGCAGAUGAUGUGUCUUGGUAAAAAUUGGGAUCCGGAAUCAAGAAAAUAUGAUGACAAGCGCCCAACUGAUGGAGCUACACCUCCUAGAAUCCCAGAAGAAUUUACAAAAAUUGUUGAGGAAGCUCUUAGAGCUUCUUAUGAUGUAAUAAAGCAAAAGAAUAGCAAGACUAUUGUUGAAGAAGAACUUCCAUGGAUGUCACCUGACCUCUGCAUUGUCAACUUCUACAAUAACGAUGGAAGACUUGGCCUCCAUCAAGACAGGGAUGAGAGUGAAGAGAGCCUUCAGAAAGGACUACCUGUUGUUUCUUUCUCUAUCGGUGACUCUGCAGAGUUCUUAUAUGGAGAUGUAAGAGAUGAAGAUAAGGCUAAAAGGGUGUUGCUUGAAUCUGGUGAUGUUUUGAUAUUUGGUGGUAAAUCAAGGUGGAUAUUCCAUGGAGUUCCAAGCAUUAAUCAAAACACUGCUCCAAAGCGCCUUGUUGAGGAUAGCAAUCUAAGGCCUGGUCGUCUUAACCUCACCUUCCGAAAGUACUAGCAUGUUAAGACUCUUUAGACGAUUACCCUUCUGAUAUUGACAGUACAACUUUGUAUUAAUUGCCUACAUGCUAAUUUAUUUGGGGUUAUUCUCCAUUAUAUUCACAGUUUGAAUC